GCAUCCUGUAAUUGGAUAAUUCUGAGCUCAGUGCACCAUCCCCUGAUCUAUCUGUCUGCCUUCUCUAACAGCUCUUUCCUCCUUCCCCUUCCUGAGGACCAGACCCUCCUGACUGCAGGAAUGUGCUCGCUCCCUAUGGCAAGAUAUUACAUAAUCAGAGAUUUGGAUCAGAAGGUUCUGUACCUAAGAGAUGACCGGCUUCUGGUGGGGGAUCCUGAUGCAGACAACUGCAAUGCAGAGAAGAUCUGCAUCCUUCCUAACAGAUGUCUGGAUCGCACCAAGAUCCCUAUCUUCUUAGGCAUCCAGGGAGGGAGUCGCUGCCUGGCAUGUGUGGAAACACAAGAAGGACCUUCUCUACAACUGGAGGAUGUGAACAUUGAGGAUUUGUACAAGGGAGGCGAGCAGGUGACCCGCUUCACAUUUUUCCAGAGCAGCUUGGGCUCUGCCUUCAGGCUUGAGUCUGCUGCUUACCCUGGCUGGUUCCUGUGUGGUCCAGAUGAGCCCCAGCAGCCUGUACGGCUCUCCAAGGAGAGUGAGCCCUCAGCCCACACUCAGUUCUACUUCGAACAGAGUCGGUAGGGACUUAGGAGACCAAGUUCCAGCUUGGUACCCCAAACUAAGUGCAUCUUACUCAGAUCUACUGCACAGAAGAAUGGCUUGCCAGAGAUGUCAGCAUCCUAAUUCCUGGAAUUUGUGACUAUGUUACCUUACAUGGCAAAAAGGUCUUUGUAAAUACGAUGAGUUAGGUGUCCAGGGUUAUCCAGGCAGGCUCAGUAUAAUCACAAGUGUCCAAGAGAUGGAGGUAGGAUGCAGAGGAAAUUGGGAAAUACUUUUUGACUAACUUUGAGGAUGGAGAGAGGGACCAUAAGCCAACAAAUGCAGGUAUUCCCUGGAACUUGGAAAAUCCAAAAAAACAGAUCCUCCUCCUGAGCCUCGCCCCCCAGGAGUAUAGCUCUCUCUUGCAACCUUGUAACCCCAAGAAUUGUAAAAUAAUAAAUGUGUCUUG